AUGCUCGUCGGUAUCCACAAGUUAGAGUUGGUCAGUAGGCCGCGAAGUCUGGUUUUGAAGAGUACUGACGAUGACGAUGGUGACAGCUCGGAUUCUUUCGACUCUGCGUCCCCUCCAGCGUCGUUCAGAUUAGCCGAUUUUUCCUUUGCGUCGCGGAAUGCGGAUUCUACGCCGUCGUCGUCCGUUGUAGCCGAGAAACCGGGUGCGGCCGCACUAUCGAAUGACACGUUUGUCAUUGACCGUUCCGGCACCAGUCUCCAUUCUUCGUCGCUGACGGACAUCGGGACGAACAGCAUGGUCAGAAAUAAGCGUUUUCAGUCGUCUCUCCCGAAACAGAGGGAUAUCACACUUUCCGGUAGCAUCGGAUGUGCGGCAAAUGUCAGCGACGUCUCUGUGAGGCCAUUCGACGACAGUCGGACCAGUCGCAUGCCCGAUGUUGACAUUAUGCCGACGUUAUUGGCGGAAAUUGACGAAGUAGCGAAAUCAUCGGUUUUAACGCCUGAUUUCGAGCAGCAUGACGUCGUUGAAAGCGCUUUCCGGUCUAAAAGAGCGUUGAAGAGGCAAAGGAAGGCGGAGGCAGAGGCUAGUGCUGGUAAAAAGUGGUUCGAUCUGCCGCGAACGGAGCUUACCGAUGAACGCAGGCGGGAUCUUGAAGUUUUGAACCUGCGCGAGGUUCUGGAGAAAAAGAAACGCUUUUACCGAAGUCUGGGACGAACCGGGUUGCCAAAAUACUUUCAGGUUGGCACAGUCGUUGACAGCCCUUACGACUUCUACAGCUCUCGCGUACCACGGAAAGAACGCAAGUCGACAAUUGUUGACGAACUGCUGAACGACAUGGACAUGAAACGUAAGUUCAAGGCUCGUUACCAACAAAUUUUGAUGGAGCAGAAAUCUCGCAAAAGCCGUGCUGCAGCGGGUAAAUAUCGCGUUGCAGGGAAAAGAACCAAAAAGACUUGA